AUGGCAAGCAUCGAGAGAUUACAGUACAUGUGUAAAAUUCGCACAACAUGGCAAGCAUCGAGCAUGUGUCUACAACAUGCAAAGUUCGACAUGGCUGCAAUGAUCAUGCUUUCGAUGAUUAAAUGUUUCAACAUCCUACUGUAUUGUUACAAGAACAGAUUCGAAGUGAUGUAUUGUUACAAGAACAGAUUCGAAGUGAUGCAAAACAAAUUUGGUCAUGCAAGAAAUCUACUUUACAACUGAAGAAAUCUAUUCUACUCACUGACAGUGAGCCAAAUAUUUUUUAAUGUUCGAAAUUUUUUGUUUGUGAUCCACAAGAUCACAAUAUAUGAGAAACUCAUUUGUGAUCCACAAGAUCACAAUCUAU